UAGCCAAAAGGAAUUCUGGCAUGCUGAAAAAGGAACAAGACCAUCUUGGGGAUGGCAAAGUCUGCUGGUGGGGAGGGAUGCCAUUGCAAAUUCAACAAUGUGGUCUAUUGGAAACGGGCAGAGAGUAAAUAUCAGGGAAGAUAAAUGGUUGAAGAGGGGAGUGAUUGGAGGGCCAGCAAAUGUUAAUGAACCUAAGAAGGUAGCAGAAUUGAUAGAUGUUGCAGAGGGCCAAUGGAAUGAGCAAAAGCUUGAAGAAAUCUUCGAUGAACAAACAAAGCAAGAAAUUCUGUCCAUUCCAAUUCAACCACAGGAAACAAAUGAUGAAUUAUUUUGGAAGGGAACAAAAUCUGGAUGCUACACAGUAAAAAAUGGGUAUAAUAUAAUCAGGCAAGAAUCGAGCAAGAAAUUGGCAGAACAACUCUCAUCCUCUACUCAAACACCCAGAGCACUGUGGAACUCUAUAUGGAAUCUAAAGGGGAUAACUCGAAUUGAAGCAUGGUUAAUGAAGUUUACAAAGAAACAGAAUGGAUUACCAUCUCUGGAAAUGGUGGCAACUACUCUGUGGCAUAUCUGGAAAUCCCGGAACAACUCGAUCUUUAGAGGCCAAAAUCCAAAUGCAGAGGAAAACUGUAGAAGCUGCGCAAGGAACGGAAGAGAAGGGGCAGCUUCACCUACUUGGAUUGCACCGGAGAGAGGGAGGCUGAAAAUCAAUGUUGAUGGCUCGCUUGUGGAGGGAUCAACCGACGGUGCGAUAGCGUGCAUUUGCCGAGAUCACACCGGGGUUCUCGUCGAUGGACUCACAAAAUCUGUCAAGGGAUCCUCGGUGGCUCAAGUUGAAACACUAGCUGUACUGGAGGCAAUGAGAUUUGCAAAACAGUGA